CGAGAUGGAAAAGUUGAGCCUUGCGGCGGCGGUUGCUUAGCAUUAAAUUAUGGCAUCAAGCUCGUGAAUAUAGAACGAGCCUGGUUGCACAAAGGUGAAGGAGAAAUCUCGAGUCGAACUGGAAAUCUCCGUAAGCCUGGGCUAAACCCCGCGGAUACUGCGAGCCCUUCCGGCUGCUUCGAACCGCGAGAGCACGAUGCACGUCGAUACUCGGGUAGAUCGACGCAUAGACUUCCAUCGCCGGCCAUCUUCCACCUUGGAGUGCUGGAGAGCGGUGCUUGUGCUCGAACAACGGACUGUGGUUUCCGAACACAGUGGUUUCCAGGCGUAGAGGCAGCGCGCGCUGGAAUGGAAGUCAGUGAGACACCGGACGAGGACGUGGACCGAUCGAUAGGCAGGUUAAGCACGACUUCCGGUAUCGAGCGCCUCUCCGAGUCGCUCAACUCGAGCGUCCGCGACACGUUGAACGCUUCCGCGGACAUUUACCAGUCAGCGAACGUCAUCUGGACCGCGAUCAAGGGCGUGGUGAUCAUCGGGAUCAUCGUGACCGCUCUGGUUGGCAACGUGUUGGUGAUCGCCAGCGUCAGGCGGCACCGGAAGCUCCGCGUGCCGACCAAUCGAUACGUGGUGAGCCUGGCGGCGGCGGACUUUCUCGUCGCGGUUUGCGCCAUGUCUUUCAACGCGUCGGUCGAGCUGACCGGGCAGUGGAUGUUCGGGAGGAUCAUGUGCGACGUGUGGAGCUCGUUGGACGUUUACUUCUCCACCGCGUCGAUCCUUCAUCUCUGCUGCAUCAGCGUGGACAGGUACUACGCGAUCGUCAGGCCGCUCGAGUAUCCCGCCAUCAUGAGGAGGAUCACGGUCACUUGCAUGCUGGGCAGCGCCUGGCUUCUGCCUGCUCUCAUCAGUUUCAUACCGAUAUUCAUGGGCUGGUACACCACCGAGGAACAUUUGGAGGAGCUGAGGAAGAAUCCUCAGGUAGAGACCCUCGAGCCUUAA